AUGGCAAGCCACGAUUACUACGGGCAGAGUCAAGGCCACGGCCAACAAGGCUAUGGCCAGAACUAUGAAGGCACCAGCCAGCGACAAUGGGGUUCGGCAGACAACAAUCAAGGCUACCCUCCUCAGCCUCAGGCCUAUGGACAACCGCAGCACGAUCAAUACGGCCAAGCAAACCACAGUCCCUAUCCACCAGCGCAGAGCCCUUACCCGCCCCCUUCCUAUGAUUCCUAUGGGCAAUCCCAGAACAACUAUGGCGCCCCUCCUCAGCCUGUAGAUCAAUACCAGCAGGGCUACGACCCGAACCGUAGCACCUCUCCUUACCCGCCCACGGCGCAUCAUCAGCAAGGCUACCAAGAUCCAAGCCAGCAGUACGGAGCGCCUCAGCAACAGGGACAUCAUGACCCCCAGCAAGGCUAUGGUGCGCCACAAUACGGCCAACCUGGUGCUCCAGGCGACGCCGCUGAAGGAGAUCGUGGCCUUGGUUCCGCUCUGAUAGGAGGCGCAGGUGGUGCUUUUGUUGGAAACAAGCUGGGUGGCGGAACGCUCGGAACCCUAGGAGGCGCAAUUCUGGGUGCUGUCGCAGCCAACAUGGUGCCUGACAAGUAA